AUGAUCGCGAUUAAAUCAGCUGCAGUGGCAUCUAUUGCAAAAAUCACCCCUCCAAAAGCGGUGAACACCACCGCUUUAUUUCAUCCAAGGAAAUGGGAACCCUUUCUGCCAUUCGACCAUUCCAAAUCAGCACUUCCUGGAAAUCAGGAGUUUUAUCACCGCUAUUGUUUUGUUGGUUGCUACAUUUGUUUACAAUUGUUGUUAUAUAAUAAAUUACUUCAAGGCAAAGAGUUAUCAAACAACGAAACAAACACUAUUAUUUGGUGGACAAGGUUCAUUACACUUGACAGAAUUAAAACAUGCAAAUCAUCAGUUUGUAAAUUCACAGCAAACAGAAGUUCAGCCAAUCUUGAAAAUGCAAAAGCUUUUUUAUUUUAUGGAAGCUCAUUCAAUCAGAGCGAUCUCCCGUUACCGAGGGGUGAUAAAAUUUGGGCACUUUUCCAUGAGGAGUCCCCAAGAAAUGUCCCUCUUUUUUCUCAUGAGGAAGCCCUGAUCUUAUUCAAUUUAUCUUCAACGUUUAGCCGAUAUAGUGAUCUACCUCUUACAUUACAGUUUUUACCCUCAUUGGACAACAUUACAAGUGUUAACCAUUAUAAAACUUUUGAGGAAAAGACAGAGUUUCAAAAUACUCUUGCACCUGUUAUAUACCUUCAGUCAGAUUGUUCAACUCCUAUAAAUAGAAAUACUUAUGUAGAAGAAUUGAUGAAAUAUAUUAAAAUUGAUUCAUAUGGAAAGUGCUUAAACAAUAAACAACUUCCUGACAGUUUGCAAGAUGCAAUGAAAACUUUUCUGUCUUCUGAGUUGAUUGAAUUUAUUUCAAGAUACAAAUUUAGUAUAGCAUUUGAAAAUGGAAUAUGUGAGGAUUACAUCACUGAAAAGUUAUGGAGGCCAAUAGUUGCUGGUUCAUUACCGAUUUAUAUUGGUUCUCCUUCUAUCAAUGACUGGCUACCAAAUAACAACACUGUCAUUUAUCUAUCUGACUUUAAGUCUCCCAAAGAAUUAGCAAGACAUCUUUUAUACCUGAAUAAUAACAAAACGGCUUAUGACUCGCAUUUCGAGCACAAAAUUCAACGUAAAAUAAUCAAUGAUAAUCUUAAAAAGAAUUUCAGACAAUACUGGACUGAACAAGGUUUGGGUGUAAUAGACGAGUUUGAGUGUCUGGUUUGUGAGAGUCUAACCAGGCCAGGCUUCAACGUCGUAAGGAAGAAACAUUACGACUGCCCACAACCUAUUUCUAUUGUCGAUUUUAAAAAUAAUAUAACAAAUUAUUGGCUUUAUAUCUACAAGACUAGCAAAUGUGAAGCAGUCACACUGAAGAAAUUCGUAGAAGAAAAUAGAUCAGUGGAUAAUCAGUUUCCUUCCGACACCAGAAAAAUUCUGUCAGAUUGUAUAAUAAAUGAUUGAGAAUCGACACUAAAUAUUUUUUGAAAUUAAACUUAUAAGUUGAUGAAUUAUACAAAAUCUGAAUUAAUAUUAAGAUAUAAAGAAAUACUAUGACUGAUCUUUAGAAUUAAUUUAUGUUAAUUAAAUUUAAUCUGUUUCAUCAUUUUGUAAAAAGAAACAAAUAUUUUAUUAACUUAGGCAAUCUUACUAUUCUUUUAGUUAUUAAAGUUUAAGGAAAAAUGUUAUAUGUAGUUCUAGUCAGCGAAUCAGUAAACUCAUCCCAAAUCCCUAAAACCUGGGGAAAUACAACAAUAUGAUGAUAUCGUGGGAACGAGGACACAAGGGAAUUUUAAGUAAUGAAAUAGCACACUCACUGGCCUGAGAAGGACCUGCAAGACCAUAUAUAUGUGCUGAACCUAUUCUUUGGAUAACAUAAACAAUGGCAUAAUCUUCCAUUACAGAAUGGAUCCAAAAAAUACAAAAGGAGAAGUCGACAUACUCUAGGGGCUCUAGACACAGUAAACUUAUGCUAAAACAACCCUAACCAAGGCUGGCAAACUCGCUGCUACAAUUAGAAAGGACUAACCCAGAGGAGUGAUAGGACUAUUUACAGGACACUGACAUCUGAGAAAACUUCAACAUGGUGUCCAACUCAAUGAUGACUCCAUUUGUAGUUUAUACAAUGAAGAGGGAGAACCAGCUCUCUAACAUCUUUGAUUGGGGAGCGACACCCAGGGAAUGAAAUUGUAGCAGUGAUGGUCAAUUAUUUAAUAUUUCUGAGGAGAAGGAACGAGCCGAUUGCACUGAACUAAGGAACUAGAAAGGAAUAAUAGCCUAGAAGUCUGUAGAGCCUAGGGAGCACAAACACUGCUUCCUAAUAUUAUUCAUCAUCAUCAUCAUCAUCAUGUUACCAAACUUCAAAAUGAUUUAUUAUCUGUGUUAUAUUUCUGUAAUGUAUAUAAUUACUUUAUUAUUAGUAAUAAAUUAAAGUUAAGUGGUAAUUAAGUACGUUUUUUUACUGAAUCUUUCAUGGUUGUCUUUGAGGGCACAUACAUAAACAAUAAACAACUUCUCCCUCCCCCAAUAAUCUGAUAAAUCAUCUAUAAAUAAAGCAAAUAGCUAGAGCAUAAUAUACAACCUUGUUUAACCUGAAAUUCGCAUUAUAUUGAUGAAAUAAUUAAAAAUGCUCAAUGAUUUUUAUCACUUGUGAAGGAGUAACAUACAAGCAUGUUCAUCCAUAACAUUCCGACCAAUAUUAUUGCUUUUACAGUGGUGAUUAUGAGUAUACUCUAUUUUAUAAAUGCAUGGUUUAAAAUGAUUUGUUUAA